CUUCCUUCCUAUCUUCAUCUUCACUCUUAUUCUUAUAUUAUUACAUCUUCCAAACGACUCCGAAGUCUACGUCUCUAUCGAGUAAUAGAUGCGAUCAGUCAGGAUCAGGAACUAGAGGAUCCUAAUAAUAACAACAAUCGACUAAGAUGCUAGGGAGGAGCGAAGACGCUUGGUUGGAUGAUCAAUCUGCUCGUCUUGAACUUGGUGCUAAUCCUGGUCGAAUCUUAUGUCGCUAGUUGCUUAGUGGAUUUAUUUGAUUGUUUUUUUGUGCAUGUUCUAAUAUGCCAAAUAUGCCACAUGUCAUGGGAUGGUUUGGGCUGGAUUGUUUGUAUAGAUAUCGAGGAUAUCCGCAUUGUACAUGGUAUGAAUAAUAGAGCCGGGGUAAUUCCGGCUCUACAUCCUGCCGUUUCAUCCUCUUCUGUCAUCUGUACUGUUUCAUCAUUGUAGGAGCUAACGUCGAUACAACGGCUUCACCGAUCUACCAUACCAAGCAACCAAUCAUGAACUUAAACCAGCCCAACAAAUCCAUCGUCUUGUCU